AUGCCAACUUUAUUCCAUCGAUACAAUGAGAUUUUACGAAGAUAUCCAUUUCGAAGUAAUAUGAUCACCACCGGAAUUUUCUUCGGUUUAGGAGAUUUCUUUGCUCAGCAAUUAUUUCCUCAUAAAACCAUCCAUAAAGAAGUCAACGACAAGGGAGAAAUCAUUGAAACUGAACAAGCGUCUGGUUAUGUGUUUGCUCGUACCGCCAGAGCAUUAAUUUACGGAACUUUUUUCUUUGCUCCAAUAAGUGUUCUUUGGCAUGGUAAAACAUUACCCAAGAUUAAAAACCCAUUGAUUAAUUUUUUGAAACGCAAGAAAAUGGAACAAAUCCCUCAUGAAAAGAAAAAAUUGCAUUUUUAUGAUAGUGUUUUCCGAUUGGGAGUGGAUCAAUUGAUUUUCCCUGGGUUAAUAUGGAUCCCACUCUAUAAUACUGUGAUGGUAUUACUAGCACAACAUGAAAACCCAUUUGAUGUGAUUGCCAAUAAACUACAUAAUAAUUGGUGGACAGUGUUGCAAGCAAGUUGGACUGUAUGGCCAGGGUUCCAAUUGUUUAAUUUAUACUUUAUCCCAGUACAUUUGCGUAUUGUGGCACUGAAUAUUUGGGCUACUGGUUGGAAUGGAUUUUUGAGUUUUGUUCAUAAUACUAAAGGUCAUGGGAAGGGAAGUGGUAGAAAGAUUGAAGAAUUAGUUGAUAUUGAAGACGACGCUCAAGAAAUCACCAUGGUUUAUGAUUAG